UUUCAUUUUAAUGCAUUAUACCAACAAAUUCCUUCGCUCUGUCUCCCCAGUAUCAAUUCAUAUCGGCACUGGCAGGAAAGUGAAUAAUUUUCAACGUUUUGUUGAGGACGAAACAUUGUUAUUCACCCAAAAACACAAAGGAAAAGAGAAAUGUGUGGUGUUAAGAAGAGAGGUUUCAAGGGUGAGUGAGUGAGCAUGGAGGAGUUUUCAGGGAGGGGAGAGUUAAGGAGAAUGCAGAGGGAGCAAGAGAGAGAGAGGAGGCGCAUCCGUGACAGACAGAGGAGACAAUCAAUGACUCAAGAACAAAGGGAGAGACAUCUUGCAAGACGCAGGAGAAACUACCAACUCAGAAGACAAAGAGCAGCAAAUGCUCAUCUUCCAUACUCUUCUUUUCCUCAAUUUCAACCUCCAGAAUCAAGUGCUGGUGAAGCCAGCACCAGUGAUGAGCUUCAGGGUUUGCCUUCUCCAACCUUUGCAGAAUAUGGAAUCUUUCCUCAAGUCAUUGGUUUCCCUCAUCACCACCUCAACCUAGGACAACAAAUGCUAAACAUGGGAACCAAAGUGGUUCAAGGGUCAUCGGUCCCCUUGGAAACUUUACUUUGUAAACCAGCCAAUUCACCAAAGCGGAUGCGACUAAAUCAUGUCAGAGGUCUUGCACGAAACCUGACACACUCCAUUGUUAAUCCUCCUUGUAUUCGUUUGGUUGCAUCAGAAUUAAUACCUAAGGAACAUCAAGAUGUAUCAGUUGGUAGCACAGUAAAAUCAUUGCGUUUGAAUUGUGUGAAGCGUCUUGCCCGAUCAAAAAAUUCUUUUUAUGAGGAGACUGCAUAUGAGAAUGACCUUAAAUUUCCAGCAGGAGGGUUCAGUUACUUGCUAGCAAGAACUUCAUAGUCUUUAUUUAACUCACUGA